UGGGACUAUCAGAAGGAAGGUCAUUUCGCUAGGGUAGCUCUUCAGUGUUUAGAAGAUGGUCAUUCUUCUGUCUUGAAGGCAAGCUGAAGCCCUGGUAUCUCAGCUAGAAGACCCUUUACACCAUUGUAACAGACAUCCACGGGGAGCCAGGAGGAACAAGGCAAAAGCUUGAAUAGCCCCCACUCGCCAUAGCUGGGGAGAGAAGGCUGAAAAUUUUGAAAAGACACAAAACUGAUUAUCCCCUCCGUUACGAAUGCAGGAACGGGAUAACGAAGGAAGGAACUGGUUUUAAGAACAGGUCUACCAGUCAUGAAACGAAUCCUUCUGAUUUUUAUCCUGGCUGCUGCUGUUAUGUAUGGUAUACUUCAUGGAAAUCUGUGGAGGAAUAACCCCUACUGGAUUAGCUUUUAUGGACAGACUUCUUCUGUGAGGGCUUCCUCUUCCUAUGAGGCUAGUGGAAUAACUCAGCUGCCACCCACAGCUGUGGAAAGGAAGAAUGCACUAGAUACUUGUCUCCUGAAACCAACGUUUGAAUCUUUGUUGGGCGUUGACAAAAUAUACCCGUUCCUGUGUGCUAAUGAUUUUAUCAAAGUGGCAGAGUUCCAUGGAAGUGAUAAGUUUGAACUACCUUAUGGAAUAAAGAGAGCAGAGCAAUUCUUUCAUUUAGCCCUUUCAAGACUGCAGAAUUGUGGCCUGUCCAGUGAAGACGACAGUGUUGCCUGUCGAAGGUGCGUUGUGGUUGGUAAUGGAGGAGUACUUCGAAAUAAGACAUUAGGAGAGAAAAUUGACUCGUACGACGUGAUAAUAAGAAUGAAUAAUGGUCCUGUUAUAGGGUACGAAGAGGAUGUUGGGAGGAGGACAACUUUCCGCCUUUCUUAUCCAGAAUCCAUCUUCUCGGAUCCAGUCCACUAUGACCCUAAUACGACUGUUGUUCUCAUUGUCUUCAAACCACGUGAUUUAAAAUGGCUUUGGGAGAUAUUAGGUGGUCAGAAAAUAAGUGCUAAAGGCUUUUGGAAGAAACCAGCAUUGAACAUGAUAUACAAAUCUAGUCAAAUCAGGAUACUUGAUCCCAGCAUCACCAGGAAAACAGCAUAUGAAUGGCUUCAUUUCCCAACAAGGUUUCCCAAAAAGGAGAAACCCAAGCAUCCGACAACAGGUCUAAUUGCCAUUACGCUAGCGUUUCACAUCUGCCAUGAAGUUCACCUGGCGGGCUUCAAGUACGACUUCACUGACAGAAAUGGUUCUUUGCACUAUUAUGGCAAUGACACAAUGUCUCAGAUGAUGCAGAAUGAAUACCACAACAUCAACGCUGAACAGAAAUUUUUGAAGAAGCUUAUAGACAAGAACUUUGUGGUCAACUUGACAUGAAAGUUGAAUGGAAGAUAUGAAGAAGAAUCACUACUUUCAAGAUUUCAAUAAAUUUUAUUUUUUGUAUGAUAUUUUUAUUUUUUAAGUGCAGUGUAACUGUUUACUGUUUAAAAGGAGCACAGAAACCUCAGGAGGAGAGAAGCUCCUUCUAAGGCUGAGGAUAAUGGGCUGUUGCAAACAGUUACCUGAAUUUCUGUGAAACUAUUUAAUAAUGGAAAAAACAUGAAACUUUCAGCUAAAAGUAUCAGGGAUGUAUAAAAAUGUGAUGCGCAUCAUUUAUUUAUCAGUAAGAACUUUUUCCACAUGAUUACUCCUCUGGAAUAUCUUCCUUUCUGAGGUCGUCCUCCAAAAGAGUUACACUGUCCAAAGACUAAGACCACCGAUGUUUAAUUAGUAGAUGGGUAUAAAGUCUUGAAUCUCUUUCUGGUAGCAUGAAAGUGUCUUUAAAAGCAAUGUCUAUAAACUGUUAUUGUGUGGGGGAGAGUAGGGGGGCAUGCAGAGCGUCCGGGUUUCAGUCUGCCCUACCCCUGAGGAGAGGACUGCCAUCUUCAGCAAAGAAGCCACAGCCUGAACUGGUCAUCCUCUCUGAACUGCUGUCUGCAUCAGCCAGAGCUGAAGACCCCGUGGUCUCACGUGUGAAGAUGUUGGUGUUGAUGAUGUUCAUGUACCAGCCUAUGGACAACCAUAUUCCCCCUGUUGUGCGUCCAGUAAAUUUUACAGCUGGUGGGUUGACUUAGAGAAUGAAGACUGAAGAUUUAUCUUAAUACCAUCUGUGGAUCUGUCACUUCCCUCAAACCGCAACAGGAACGUGAGCUGGAGCUGAGAAGUUUACACUUGAACUUAAAUUAAGAGAUCGCAUUUGUCAGAUUCCUAGGUCUCCGUGACAGGAUCCACUGUAUCUUUCUGCUCUCUCCCCAAGAAUCGAGAUAUAUUUUUCCAAACCAGCAUAAUCUCAUUUUUUGGAUGCUGUAAUGCCUUUCCAGCUUUGAAACGCAUCAAUAUGAGCAAUGAACGUUCCCAUUUUUUGCAGUAGUGUAUGCUAGGGAAUGUCAAAGAUGUACAACAGCUUGAAUUAUGGUUUGGCUGCUGUUUACCUCUCCUUUGUAUUGACGUUUAGGUUUAAAGGAUGUGGCUGAACUAAAUCACUUAGCGGAGGGAAUUUACUCGGGAUUUUAACUGAGAUAUUUAAUGGGACAGUUAUGUUUCCUGUAUAGAUUUGUCUCGGGCAAACUUACUGAAUAUCUAAGUUUAAAUCAGCCUGGGAAUGUCCUUGACAGCUAUCAAAGAUGCAGUGAACAAGUAACAUGCUGUUCUAAUACUCUCAUAAGGUGUAUAUGUUUGUUUUUUUCUUUUUCCUUUUUUUGGUGGCAGGUUUGUUUGAAGAUCUUGUGGUUAUUUUGAUCAAUCAUCUAAAGAAAGCACAAAGUUCAAAAAAGUCUUUAAAGUUGGUAGAAUAACCUUUGUUGCUUUAUUAUAAAUGAUGCAGAGAGCUUUAGUACGCUUAGGAGCAGUGUAAAGAACUUAAAAACAUGAAUACAAGCCUCUAGCAGGUCAGGAGCACAGUGCUGGGUUUUUGAGAAGCUGACGAUUACGAGAGUGCUGAACACAACUCCCCUGCUGCAGCAGUGUAAAGGAAUAAGCACUGAUGUGACCUCAUCUUACAUUUCCCUAUUUCUGUCUUGCAGAGUGAGACGGGUAUUUAGAAACUUCCUGUAGUUCUUUUAAUCUCUCUCUUAGUUACUUAGCUCUGCUGUUUGGGAGUUACCUGAGUGCAGUGUGACUUGGAGGGGAGUCACAGCUGAAACAGAGGAGGCUUGCGCGGUCAUAUAAUGUUUUCACCUAAUGACUCCUGAACUUUGGCCAGUUUCAAGUGAAUUUGACAUAUUUGAAAUUAUGCCAGAUGUCAUAAUCGGAGGUAGGGGAGGGGACCCAAACGGGUCCCCAAUGUGGGGCUGUGCCACGAGUGCAGCAGUUCUGAGCAUCCUGCCAGCUGGACGCAUGCCUUGGGCACGACCACGUGUACCUUGGGCACAGCCCCUGACGCUGUCACCACACCGGGGUUGCUUCUCGUUGAGCAGAGGGAAGGCUGUGCAGGAGGUGUUGGGGGGCAGCUGGGGCAGGAGACUACAGCGGUGGAAGUGGAGGAAAGCGGCAUUUCUUCACAAGAUGGGCAGAAGGGCUCUUGUUCAAUUUUUCAUGUUUCCUACCCCCGCCCCCUCCCCUCAAAAAUACAUGUUCUGUGGCUUUGAGGAGGUCUUCCCUUGCAAAUUUGAAUAUAAAUAGGUGCGUCUUCACCAGAAAAUAUACAUCACUGUCAUGAGCUUUACCAGCGUUUGUUUAUGGUGAUUACUUCAGUUAAUUAAAAAGGUUCCUAUGUGAUUAUACAGGACCAGAACUGCAGUGCUUUAGACUGCUGACGAUAGUAAUUGUAUAUGAAAGGAACGCCAAGGUAAGGUUUUUCACAAAGGUCACGGUGCUGGUGGAGCUCUCUUUACACAGAGGUCCCUGGUAGAUCUCCCACUGUCCUGAGAGCAGAGCCAGGCUGCAUGGAGGACUCUAGCUUCCCCCUAGAAAUGCGUGGCCUCUUGCAGAGCCAGGCUUCCCAGUCCUCCCCAGUGCUGCAGAGCUCUCCACUGCCUGCCCCUGCAUCAGAGGGUAUGGCUGGACCCAUGUAACAUCACCCAGUAGGUUAAUUGGGAGUUUUUUUUUUUUUUUUUCUUGGAGAGCUCUUUAACUUGCCCUGUCCUCACAGUGGCUGGUUCUCGGGAUGGUGCUUCCCUUUGUUUCUCAAGUCCAUGUCCUUUGCAGAAGGAGAUGGGGAGCAAGCUCUUCUCUUGAAGAUGUGAUUAAUUCUUCUGCUUUAUUUCCUCUCCAGAGAUAUUUUUUCCCCGUUAACCUACUGAUUCAUUCUCCUGUUGUUUUCCUAGGGAAGUUUUCUGCAAUUUCAUUUGGUUACGUUCUGUUACAGUUAGAACCCUCACCAAGUAAUUGAGGAAAAAAGACUUUGACAAACAAGUUGUGCCCCUAAACUCUUCUUACUUAUGUUAGCCUCCUUAGUCUUAUUUUUACUGCAUCAGCUUUUUUUGGUGUGUAAGGGUCGGGUUUUUUUGUUUUGUUUUUUAUAUUUUUCCCCAAUGUAUUUAGUAUGUUGUCUUCAGGCAUUUAUCCCUCUUGGCUGCUCCUUUAUAUUUCUUAAUAAACAUACCUAUUUUUGUUGGAGAUAUCUAUGUAUCUUCUCUUCCCACCCGUUCUAUUGCCCCUGCAAGAAUGCUCAGUCUGCGCGCACUGAGGUCAGUGUCAUGUAGUGACUUUUUGAGAAAUGUUUAGACAGACCUGUUCACUUGAGACUGAGCCAAGAGUUGGUUAUAAACUGAAGGGUAGUGUCUUUUGAACACUGUAUGGUUUACAGGCUAGUAGGUUUUUUAUUUUUGGUAAUAAGCGGUGAGCUAACUGAUUUUUUUCCUCUGUAAGAUGUUUUGAUAGGCUUCUGUAUACACCAGUCCUGCUUCAUCAGCAUCCUCCACUUCAUGUGGUCGUUUCUGCUGCUCUGCCCGGAGAAAAGGUAUCUUUUUACACCCAUUUUGCAUAGGGAAAAAUAGCUAACUAUACAUAGUGUGUUUAUCAAUAAUGUCUGCAGUUCAUGGUGUCUGUUUUACCUGAGUACACGUUUUUCAAAGUAAUUUGCAAAACCAAAGAUUUGCCUUGGGACUGUUAUUGAAAAAGCAAUAAGGCUAACUCCAAAUACUCUGGUCUUUUCUGAGAGUUAGUUGCUAUUAAAAGACUUUCUGUUUUUCCAUUUUCAUGGUCCUGAAGGUAAAAUCUCUGCACUGAAAUUUGCCUUUUAAAAGCUGCUCAUUGUUUUGAUUAUUACAACAUCAGUAGUGAAGCUGUCAAAUUUUGAUUUCCAGGAUGCUGUGAACUUUAUUUUCUCAUCUGGUAACAGCCAAAUGUGUUAGGUACCAGGUAUCUCCUAUGGAUCUUUCUGUAUCAGCUGUGGAGUCAGAUGGACUCACGCCUUCUUCCUCUUUUCCUGUUCUCCAGUGGUCUGCUAAAUGUCAAGUCGGUAGCAUCUUACAGUCAAAGAUGCUCCUGUAUUUUAUCCACCACUCUCUUCCUCCCAAGACGCAGCACCGUCACGAAGACUCAGCUCUCAGUUACCAAAAUAGACUUAACAUCAACAGGAAAACGUGUAUUGACUAAAAGUGCUGUUGAUUCAAGUUUUUAGGGUGUUUCCCUUUUUGUGCUGUCAGGAAAGUAUUUUAUUUCUCUGCCAUAGUAAUUAAGGGAAGUACUGAGAUAUGACUUAAGAAAGAAGGUCACAGGUUAUUGCACUAAAUGUGAAUCUGAGAGUGCCUAAAAGAUCUUAGUAAAUCACAUUUCUAGUGACUCUGUGUUGAUGCUAAUACAGGCUCACGGCUUCGGUGUUUAAUAAUCAGUGAGUCGUAUCUCUUGUUUGCUACAUUGUUUUUCUUUUAAAAAUACCCUGAGAGGCAGUAUAAUUAUCUUAACUUUUAAGCAGAAUCUGAUUUUUAAGAACACAUGAGGCUCAACAUCUGUUUUCAGUAAAAAUAAAUACUUCAUUAUUUUAUUUACCAUUUGUCUUAAGUUUUAUAUGCCUUUAAAGUGCCAACUGUAUUUUGAAGACAUUCUUAAAAGUUGUUUCAAGUGAAACUUUGAAUGUUACAGAUGGAAAGAGAUUAUUUUCCUUUGAAUAAAUUGUCUUAAAGA